CAAGGCGAAAGGAGAAUCAAUCAACCACAAUGUGACCCUACAGGCGGAAAAAACAGCACUCCCACCAGCAAGCCAUGGGGGAAGGGAAGCACAUGUAACCAAGGCAAUCUUGCAUCAUGUACUUAUGCUGGGUUUUUAAGGCACUGUUCUCAUUUUCAUUUGUUUUCUCUGUUCACGGUAAUAUGUAAGGAUCUAAGAAAAACGUGCAAAGUCGUUAAGAAUCAGAAAAGGGUCGUAUACUAUAUGGGCUGUAAAAUAAGACUUUUAUCGGCUUUUCAGCAGCAAUUUUUUGCUGCUGAUUCAGAAUUAUGGAGCUCCUGAUUUACAGUUAAAGAUCAUCUAUGGUUGUUUGCAAAUCCAGGAACUGCGAAGGAAGAGUUAAUUGGUUCUGCAAGUGAAGAAAAGUCCCUGUGUGUGUUUGCUUCCUAUAAGAAGUUAAGGCUUUAACCAACUGCUACUUGAACUGCAAACAGUGUCUUGUAUUCCACGUUGUGUGAGGUCAGAAAAUAUCACUGAAACUGGCUUGGACAACCUGCACAAAUUAAAAGAUAGUGGGGACUGGCCACUUUUAAGUCUGAGAUGCAUCAAGAUUUAUAUUGAUUCUGAAGCAUGAAAACAUUUUUGAUGACACUUCAGGCAAACUGACAUUUAAAGACCUUUCUAAAAGAACAGGGCGGAGCUCUUUCUUCUGACUGACCUCAUCAUUUUGAGGUGGGGCUAAGAUGAGCAUAACUAGUGACGAAGUUAAUUUCUUGGUGUAUCGAUAUCUCCAGGAGUCAGGUUUCUCUCACUCUGCAUUUACAUUUGGUAUUGAAAGUCAUAUAAGCCAGUCCAACAUCAAUGGGACACUAGUGCCACCUGCUGCCCUCAUUUCUAUCCUGCAGAAAGGUUUACAAUAUGUGGAAGCUGAGAUCAGCAUCAAUGAAGAUGGGACAGUAUUUGAUGGUCGUCCGAUAGAAUCUUUGUCUCUAAUUGAUGCGGUGAUGCCAGAUGUUGUACAAACACGACAGCAGGCCUUCAGGGAAAAGUUAGCUCAACAACAAGCUGCUUCGACAGUUACUGCACCUUGCGCAGCGCCAACUACACCUGUUCCUGCAUCACAACAGGGCACACCAAAGAACGGAGCAGCCACUGUGAAUGGUGAAGAAAAUGGGGCACAUGCAAUAAAUAACCAUGCAGAAGCAAUGGAAAUUGACGGGGAUGUAGAAAUUCCUCCAAACAAAGCAACGGUCCUUCGAGGGCAUGAGUCAGAGGUAUUCAUUUGUGCUUGGAAUCCUGUGAGCGAUCUCUUAGCAUCUGGGUCUGGAGACUCAACAGCAAGGAUAUGGAACCUGAUUGAAAACAGUAAUAGCAAUUCAACUCAGCUAGUAUUACGGCACUGUAUACGAGAAGGUGGCCAGGACGUUCCCAGCAACAAAGAUGUAACUUCUUUGGACUGGAAUACUGAUGGCACUCUGCUAGCUACAGGAUCAUAUGAUGGCUUUGCAAGAAUUUGGACACAAGAUGGCAAUCUUGCAAGUACAUUAGGGCAACACAAAGGUCCCAUCUUUGCACUGAAAUGGAAUAAGAAGGGAAACUAUAUAUUGAGUGCUGGGGUAGAUAAGACAACUAUCAUUUGGGAUGCUCACACUGGAGAAGCAAAACAACAGUUCCCCUUUCACUCAGCUCCUGCCCUAGAUGUUGACUGGCAAAACAAUACCACCUUCGCUUCAUGCAGUACAGACAUGUGCAUUCAUGUUUGCAGACUGGGCUGUGACCGUCCAGUAAAAACCUUUCAAGGACAUACAAAUGAAGUGAAUGCAAUUAAAUGGGACCCAUCAGGAAUGCAUCUAGCAUCAUGUUCAGAUGAUAUGACAUUAAAGAUCUGGAGUAUGAAAGAAGAUGUGUGUGUACAUGAUCUGCAGGCUCACAGUAAAGAAAUCUACACAAUAAAAUGGAGCCCAACUGGUCCAGGCACAAGUAACCCUAACUCCAACAUCAUGUUAGCAAGUGCUUCAUUUGAUUCAACAGUCAGACUGUGGGAUGUUGAAAGAGGAGUUUGCAUCCACACGUUAACAAAGCAUCAGGAACCAGUUUACAGCGUAGCAUUUAGCCCCGAUGGCAAAUAUCUUGCCAGUGGUUCAUUUGAUAAAUGUGUUCACAUAUGGAAUACUCAGAGUGGAUCCCUAGUACACAGCUACAGAGGAACAGGAGGGAUCUUUGAAGUAUGUUGGAAUGCCAGAGGGGACAAAGUAGGAGCAAGUGCAUCUGAUGGAUCAGUUUGCGUUCUGGAUCUACGAAAAUGAAGCUAUAAAUUCUGUAAGAAUAAAUGGACCAGCAUAAAAUGUGCACUGUUUGAGACAUGAGAUUCCGAAAAUUGUAUGGACUUGACAUAGUCUAAGCGUGCAAGAAAAACAGAACCUCCUACUUUAGGAACAGAAACACCUCCAUAGAUUCAUUUCAAUUCAUUUAAUUGGAAUGAAUAGUUUCCGAACGGACCGAAUUUUCUCAGACAGAGCAGGCCAAUGCUCCAGAUAUCUGGAUUUUGUUUGUUAAAAAGGCUGUUUGCUAUGGACCCUACCAAAAAGGUUAAAGACAUGGAAAAACAAUUAGAGGCUCUAACAAACCAAAAGGAAAAAUAUAAUUAUCAUUUUUACCUUUUUCCUUCUAAUCUGGACACUACAUUUGUUUUUCCAAAUGACCUACAAAGACCAGUUUUUAUCGAAAAAUCAAUUUGACUUUUUAAUGGAAACACUUUCUAUUUUUAGACUACUUUUUUGUUGCUUUGUCCGGUAAUUCAAUGGUUUUCUACUAGCUUGGAAGAAUGGAAAAGAGAAGAUCACAGGGUUGCCAGAGAAAUUAAUCUUGCUUUUGGCUCAGCUUUCUCUUUGUCCGCAAUUAAUGUGAUGUGCUGGCUAAUAACACACUUGAAGGAAUGCUUAACCAAGCUCUUUCCAAUUUUUUUUUUUUUCAAACUUGCGGUCCUACCUUGAUCUACCUUGAUAUUCUCUAGCAGUGGCCUCUUCUCCUCUCCACAAUUUAGCUUAUUAUGGAACUUUUGUGAAACAGUGUCCACAAGCUUUUUAUAAGAUUGCAGCACCAGAAGAGCUUUUUACAAAGAUAUAAAAUAAAAUUAAGAAGAAAGAUGAACUUUUAAGAGAAAGAACCCACUGUAUUUUUGAAAAGAAAAAAUAUUUUUUAUGUUAAAAAAAUUAAUUUUAAAAUCAAGCAGUAAUUGCAAAUGUUGGGUUUGUCUAAAUCAUGCAAAAAAAAAAAAAAAAAAUCUAAAAACACAGGGUAAAUAAAGACUGAAUACCCUUUUUGCCGA